AUGUCGUCGCGAAAGUUCAAACAAAGUGUUUACAAUGAUAUCGGCGCUAUCAAAGUUAUGGAGUGCUCCUUUGUGAAUGCGAAAUACCUCUUCACGUGUUUCCGGGCAGCAAUUAUGGAAAAAGAAAUGAGCAUUCGACAACAGGAUCCUACAAGAAUUGCUAAAUUUGAUGAAAUCGUGGAAGCUGCGGAUAAAAUUGUUGAAAAGUGCUUCUCGGAAAAUGAAGCAAAUCAGGCUGCUGGACGUGAAGAGGGUCCUUCGUCAUUCCAUGACCUAAAAGCGUUUGUGCUUCAGGUUAUGGAAAGUUACAAAUGCCCUUCUCCUGAUGUCACAUCUGAAGGACCUGACAUCGAUCAAAACGCUCCACAGGAAUCCCUUGUGCAAGCAACUGAGAACUCACCAUCAACAGGAAUUCACUCACCAUCAAGAGUGCUGCUCUCCAAUCAAGAAGCAGCAGAAGCAGGCUCGGAUGAAGAUUACGAGUCUACAUCAGAGAUUCAACUAAGCAAGUACAAGUUAAUGAAGCCGUCACAAAGUCUCUUCUUGAUUGAUGGCAACAACUUCGUCGCUGAAGAGAUUGUGCCAUUCCUCAACGAACUGGAGAAAUUGAAGGACGCACUUCCUCCUCCUCAACGGGCUCAAAUGAAGAAAUUGAGAACUGUCAUCAACAGACACACUUGUGGCAGUUUUGAGAAUAUUUUCAAGUACCUGCCCAACAAAAAAAUGAAAGGAAUUUCGGAAGAAGAGCAGAAGCAAGGGAUACAAAGGGCAAAGAAGAUCUACCGACAAGUCUACGAGGCCCACAAUGCACAAAGCAUGGAGCUCUACAUCAAGCUCUUCAAAGGUGAAGGUGCCGACGUUUUCUACAAGGAAGACGAUUGGGACAUGAAGGAAGCGAUUACGAGUCCACUGAGGAGGAAUCUUUUUGGACUGAAACCCCUGAAGUCGGACUUCCAUGAGAAACGUACUGAGGCUAUGUUCAAUUACAUGGAAUCGGUGUACGAAUUUGCCAGGAGGGGCAUUUUGGAUGAAGAUGCAUCACAGAAUAUUCCUACAUUUCCAACCGUGAAGAAGAAAAUUGUGGAUCACUUCAAGCGCCGAAUGAUGCACCUCACGGAUCUGGAGAACAACAGUGUACUGGCAAGAAUUGGAGCAUCUGUGAAAUGGUUCCGAAGUGUGUGGGCACCAAAUAGCAGGAGCAAGAACAGAAUGUUUCCCCGCAUUACAGCGGCGGAUUUUGGUAAAACUUUUCAAACAUCAAGGAAGCGGAAACGUUGUGCUGAGCAUGAUGAUGAUGUUCCUGAUUCGGAUGAUGAUGAUGAUAAUGAUAAUGAUGAUGACGGUGAUGAUCAUAGUGAUGAUGCUGAUUAUGAUGAGGAUGAUGAUGAUGAUGAUGUUGUUGCUUGUAAUGAUGCCGAGGGCAAGUACAAGCUGGACGCUAAACAUUCAAUUGUGCCUGGGUCUCUCCGAUUCCUUUCACCCGGAAAAGAAUCUGAAAGAAGACCAGAUGAAUGGCAUCAAUACCGCCUUUCACCUGACAGUGUUGACAGGCAUCAGAAGACAGGAAAAGCAAUUAAGCGAUUUCAUAGAGGAGGCACAACUCCCUUGGACAACAUCCUAGAUUUCAGCCCUAUCACUAACAUGCCACUGGAGGAAAUGCAUUUGUGCGAUGGUGGAGCCAUUCCAACAACAUUGCGCCUACUCUUUGACGUUAAGCCAAAGAAAGAAUUUUCAAAAAAGAGAGCAGUCAACAAGAAGACCAUACUCCUGAAUGGAAAUAAGAAGCGCGCCUUUCCUUUCCAAUGA